AUGUAUAAACACGUAGAACUUCGAAAACUACCUGUUGAUGAACUGUGUAAUAUCGUCAAUAUUUUGGAAAUUGAUAAUGAUUGGAAAAGAGUUAUGUCUAUUAUACCUAAAGAAUUAAAUAGUGAUUAUUUUGAACCGAAAUACAACAAUGAACACAUACGAUUAAUCGAAGAGGAAGCUAAGGCUAACAAUCAAAAAUGCACCGAAAUUUUAAUAGAUGAGUGGGCCACUUCUGGAAGAAUCAGACCAACUCUCGAUACGCUUAAGAAUAUCUUAAUAAAAGCACAAAUAUUUCGAGCUGCAGAUGUCAUAGCGGAUAUGUUAAAUGAACCUAGACCUGAACGUCCAUCGUUUGGACCAGCAGCUCCAAUCACUAUGAAUAUCACGGAGAUGUUACAAGACACCACUGAACAAAGUAUAAAAACUGAAAUGACUACUAAUCACGAUAUAUGUAAUGGUACCACUAGACAACUUAAGUCUGCAAGUGACAUGAUUGAGUUUUCAAAAUAUUGUCCUAAUAAUACAAUUGAUAACAAUCUCAAACCAUCAUUCAGUAGAAAAACUACAGCUCAAAUAAAAUCUGAAUCAGAUCUUAUUAAAUUUACCCAAACACAGGAGAGUAUGCAAACAUCAGAACCAAAUAUACCACAUUUGAGUGUAAUGAUAAAUAGUAGUGAAACUGAAAGCCAAAGCUCUAUUUUGCCGGCAGUACUUGAUUCUGAAGGCUUUGAUGUGUCCACAACAUCUAAUAGCAGCAUCAGUUUUGACCCUGUCCAAUAUCCCAAUAGCUACCAAAUUUCUUUUCCAAAUAUUGAUAUAUCAUCUAGAAUAGACAGUGCAAUUCUGCAGGACAGAAAUCUUAUUCAGUUUAGUUAUAAGGAAUUGCAAGAUAUAACUGACAAUUUUAGUGAAACCUUGAAUAAGACGAGUUCUGGACCCAAAGGAUGUAUUGGCAGUGGUGGGUUUGGAGAUGUUUUUGUUGGUAAUCAUCCAAAAUAUGGAAUUCUUGCCAUUAAGAGAGCUCACAGUCAUUUAGCACUGCACCAGAAACCAGACAUUACUAUGAGAGUUUUUAAUGCUGAAGUCAAAUAUUUGUCUCAGUUCAGACAUCGUAAUAUUGUUCCUAUAAUAGGAUUUGCUAAAGAUGGACCAGUACCCUGUAUAGUUUGCGAAUAUAUUUAUGGUGGUUCAUUACAAGAAAAUAUUGCCGCUAAAGUUUUAAACAAAACUCAACGGAUGAACAUUAUUAUUGGAACUGCUGAGGGAUUAAAAUAUUUACACACAAGUGAAAAAACGCUAUGUAGCAAAGAAACCAGAGAUCUUCUUGGUGUAAAUAGUGAAAUAGAUUCACAGAACACUACAAAGAAUUUUGUACAUGGUGAUGUAAAGACUGCAAAUAUUCUGUUAACAACAGAUUGUGUUCCAAAGUUAUGUGACUUUGGCUUAGCAAAGCAAUACGACUCGACUUUCAUGACAUCAGCUCCUAUGGGAACCGCAGCUUAUAUGGCACCCGAGGGUCUACAUGGAACUAUUACUCAAAAAAUUGACAUUUUCAGCUUUGGAAUUGUUCUUUUAGAACUUAUUACAGGUCUGAAACCUAUCUUAUCAAGUAAUGGCGAAAAAAUGAAUAUAAAAGAUUAUGUUGAAGAAAAUACUAUCAAUAAUGACAUCACACCUCUAGUGGACCCUUUUGUCGGAGUAUGGACAGAAGCUAAUCAAAUCUAUGACCUAGCCAGAAAAUGUUUAGCUCAGAACAGAAAAAGUAGGCCUAGUAUUGACCAAGUGUGUGAUAUUUUAUAUGAUAUUAAUUGUUAA